AUGUAUUCUCUCUAUGUCAACAACCAACAUGGUACUUUAGUUUAUCAAAAGCAUUUCAGUGAAGAAAUAAAAUUAAAUAGUAAUGAAGAAAUAAGACUUGCUUCUAUGUUACAUGGAAUUUCAACCAUUUCCGAAAAAAUUAAUGUGUAUUCAUCAUUAUCUGAGAAAAAAACGAAUAUAUUUCAAUCAUUAGAAAAAAAAGGUAUAGAAACUAUUGAAGGAGAUGGUUUUAAAAUUCAAUGUUACGAUACAUUAACAGGUAUCAAAAUAUUUAUAGUUCACAAAGAUGACUUAAAUAUUGACAUGAAUACAUAUUUAAAAAGGGUAUAUGAAUUGUAUAGUGAUAUCAUAUUGAAGAAUCCUUUCUAUGAUAUUGAUAUGCCUAUACGUUCAGCAGUUUUUAAUGAACAAAUUGAAAAACUGUUUUCCAACAUAAGCUGA